AUGUCCGAGUCCGCAAAAUUUAAAGCUGCUGCUAAGACUCUUGAAGCUGAAGAGGAAGUUCAAAUAGUAUUAAAUAAUUUUUCUCAACAACAACUACUUCCUAUCCGCAGUAAAUCAGAGCAAAACCGCUGUGAAGCUUGGUCUAACUCAGAUAUAUCCACAUCCGCACCUGCGGCAUUCACUGCUUCAACAGUUGCCACCGUCGUUCCUGCUGCCGUAGCAUCUGUAUCACAGCUUUCUAGUCAUCUGCAAGCUCUGACAUUGAUCACUCAACAAUUAAUCGCGUCAGGAGCUGGUAUAGCACUUUCUGCUUCAACCUCGUCAUCCAGAGCUGCCCUAGAACAACAUCAGGAAUAUUGUCUUAGGAUGGUGGAUUCACAACAUGUAUCAUUUCAACAACAUCCAUUAUCAACAAAUUCAUAUAGAAAAACAAUAAAUGAUUCAUUACCACCAUCGGAACCACGACUCAGACCCGUGCCAAUGACAUCACAUACAACUUUGUUGAUAGAACAAGAGGAGAAUGCAACUCUAAAGCAUUCCAGUUCGUCUACAUCAAAUAAGCACUCAUGCACUCAAACAAUUGAUGAAUGUUCCUCUGAAAUUUGGAUAAUAAAUCUUAAUCUCAAAGCUGCCAUCAAGAAGUCAAAGAAAUCGAGAAAAUCAUUAAAGAAACUUGAUCGACGUCCAUCACCAUCCAUAUCAACUGGUGAUGAAGAGAUGACACCAAAACAUCAUUCACAAAAAUCAACAAAAAUUUUACAACCAUCAACAACACCUAUGUUGAAUCUAACGAUAUCCAUACCCGAUAAUAUUACGAAAUUCGGAGGGACAACAAAAGAGGCUCCGGGCAGAUUAAUUAUAGAAUAUCAACAAAAAGCCAAAACUGUCUAUGGAUGGUCAGAUCAAGCAACACUCAACGGAAUUAGUCAUUGGCUAACAGGUGCUGCUGCUGAAUGGUAUCAACAAUUAGUGCAAAGUGAUGAACUUCCAGCCACCUGA